AUGGAAGCUUGGAACCAUAUGGGGCUGAAUCAUGUCAUACAACCCCGAGUGAACAGUUUCCAUAAUAUAAGUGCUUUAAUUUUUGAUAUUUGCAGGAAUGAGAACAAUCAAGUGGCUGGAAAAGUAGCAGUCAUACUUUGGUGUUUAUGGCAAAAUCGCAACAAUUGUGUGUGGAAUAACAGCAAAUUAAGUGCUCAACAAAUCGGUAUGCAAGCGGCACACUUUUGGCAUGAAUGGGCGACGGUUCAAGGCCUUCUUGGCGACCAACAACAGCAAGAACAGCAGCUGCUACAUGACAGAUCAGCAGAACAGAAGUGGCAGCCACCACCUUUGGGCUAUGUGAAAUGUAACGCUGACGCAAGCUUCUUCGAGACACAAGCAGCAACAGGUUGGGGAUGGUGUGCUAGAGACCAAAGAGGGCGAUUCUUACUCGCAGGAACCAAUAUCAUGCAAGCAAAACUCAAUACAAUGGAGGGAGAAGCCAUGGCCAUCAAGGAAGCAAUGAGUGAAAUGAUACAAAGAGGCUUCUCUCAUGUCAUAUUUGAAAGUGACUCUAAAGUUGUAGUUGAUGCUAUCUCUUCUAGUCAAGUAGGAAUUUCUGAAUUUAGUAUGUUGAUUUCAUAUAUUAAGUCGCUAUUAGUGUCGAAUCCUAACUUUGAGGUAAAGUUUGUAAAGCGACAAGCGAAUAUGGUUGCUCACUCCCUAGCUAGAGCGGCCUAUUCCAUGACUAGUCGCCGUAUUUUCGAGUUGAUUUCUCGUUGUAUUGAUCAUCUUUUGUUAAAUGAAAUGAAUUAA